AUAGGAUACAUAUUAAUAAUACUAAAAUAAGAACUACAAAUAUUUACAAUAAAUUACAUACAAUAAUUAUUGUAUUUAUAUUCAAUUUUAAUUAAAUUAUCCAUUUUACUUUGAACUUAAUUUUAAAGUUGGCGGGAUUCAGCUAUCACAGCACAAUAACAAAUUUAAGGCUGAAUAAAAUGGCGAGCGCUUCCAAUCCGAUUAAUUCAGCGCACCGUUCACUAGUAAAAGAGCUUCCAAUCCGAUUGCAAUCCGAUUCCAAGCUCUCUGUUUGAUGAACGCAACCAUACAUAUGUUUUUAUUACGAAUUUUAGAUGAUGAUUUACUUUAUUUUUUAUGAAAUUUUAACCUUCAACGAACACCCACCACUGGCAACCCAUUGUUAUUUUUGACGUGACCGCCAUGUUUCUGGUGACAAACAAACCAAAAAGCGGCUUCACUUUUGGAACGUGUGUGUUAAAUGAGUGUUACCCGUCCCCUCUCUUUUUUCCUUGUCUAAGUUCACAAACUACUACAUAACCUAUACUCCAAAGUUAACCUAGGAACCCUACCACGUGUUACAUUGUAACAUUACAAUAAACACAUAUUAUCCUUGAAAAAUUAAUGCAAGUAAACCAUUUCUUUGUGAACAUAAAAUUUGGUCUUCUAUUAACAAAAUGGAAAGAAAAGAGAAAAUCGAAGAUACAGUAACAAAUAUCAAGGAUGAGAAUACUAUUUUUGUCAAGCCUGAAUUCAUAAAAGUAGAGCCUGCUCCAGGUUAUCUAGAUCCCUAUAUUGAAGACCAAUGGCAAGGAGAUUCUGAUAUUAGUUUGAACCAAAUUAAAACAGAAUUACUAAUGGAAGAUAUGACAUUUGAACAGCACCAAGGCGAUUUAGCACAAUUCCAGUAUUGUAAUAGUGAUGUUGAUAAUAUAAAACUAGAGCAUACUGCUAAAGGAAGUCAAAGCAGUGAAUAUGAUAGCUCCACAAAUGAAAUUAAAGAGGAUUUCAAUAGAGAAAGUAUAUGUGAUGCAUUUGAUGAUUCAGGCUUAAAUGAAUACUCGUUAAAAAUUGAAAUAGAAGAUGAAAAAAAACUUAUGCCAUAUGGAGAAAAACAAACACACAAAGAAGGCUAUCUGCAAGAUGGAAACAAAGUGCCAGUUAUGGAGAAACUCAUCGAAGAUUCAUCUUACAAAGGAAAUGAUAUGAGUGGACAAACUGAAUCAAAAACAUUAAGAAAAAAUAUAAAAGCUACGACUGAAAAAAGACCUUACAAAUGUGAAAUUUGUUUUAAGAAGUGUACUACAGCAAGUAAUUUGAAAGUACAUUUGAGAGUGCACACCGGGGAAAAACCGUAUAGAUGUGAAACUUGUUUCAAGCAGUUUUUUACUACAAGUGAUAUGAAAAGACAUUUGAGAGUGCACGCCGGAGAAAAACCUUACAAGUGUGAAAUUUGUUUGAAGCAGUUUAUUCAAGCAGAUAAGUUGAAAAGACAUUUGAGAGUGCACACUGGAGAAAAACCUUACAAGUGUGAAAUUUGUUUAAAGCAGUUUAGCCAAGCAAGUCAUUUCAAAACACAUUUGAGAGUGCACACUGGAGAAAAACCAUACAAGUGUGAAAUUUGUUUUAAACGAUUUAGUGUAGAAGGAAGUUUGAAUAUACAUUUCAGAACGCACACUGGAGAAAAACCUCACCAGUGUGAAAUUUGUUUAAAGCUGUUUUCUGAUGCAAGUAGUUUAAAAAAACAUUUGAAAGUGCAUACUGGAGAAAAGAGUUACAUGUGUGAAAUUUGUUUAAAGCAAUUUAUUAGAAUAAGUGAUUUGAAAAAGCAUUUGAGGUCCCACACUGGAGAAAAACCGUACAAGUGUGAAAUUUGUUUUAAACAGUUUAGUGAAUCAGGUAGUUUGAAAACACAUUUGAGAGUGCACACUGGUGAAAAACCUUAUAAGUGUGAAAUUUGUUUAAAGCAGUUUAGCCAAGCAAGUCAUUUCAAAACACAUUUGAGAGUGCACACUGGAGAAAAACCAUACAAGUGUGAAAUUUGUUUUAAACGAUUUAGUGUAAAAGGAAAUUUGAAUCUACAUUUGAGAACGCACACUGGAGAAAAACCUCACCAGUGUGAAAUUUGUUUCAAGCUGUUUUCUGAUGCAAGUGGUUUAAAAACACAUUUGAAAGUGCAUACUGGAGAAAAGAGUUACAUGUGUGAAAUUUGUUUCAAGCUGUUUUCUGAUGCAAGUGGUUUAAAAACACAUUUGAAAGUGCAUACUGGAGAAAAGAGUUACAUGUGUGAAAUUUGUUUAAAGCAGUUUAGCCACGCAAGUCCUUUCAAAACACAUUUGAGAGUGCACACUGGAGAAAAACCAUACAAGUGUGAAAUUUGUUUUACACAAUUUAGUGUAGAAGGAAGUUUGAAAAGACAUUUGAGAACGCACACUGGAGAAAAACCUUACAAGUGUGAAAUUUGUUUGAAGCAAUUUAGUCAAGCAGGUACUUUGAAAACACAUUUGAGAGUGCACAAUGAAUAAAAACCUUACAAGUGUGAAAUUGUUUCAAGCAGUUUAUUACUACAAGUCAUUUGAACAGUGGCGCACCGAGAAUUUUCCUCUGGGAGGAGUUGGCUUGAACACCGAAUUUUUUUUGUAUUGUUUGUGAAAAACAAGUUACAUUUUCCUGUAGGCGAGGAUAUAAAGCAUUACGUUAUGAAACCUUUUGCGUUUGAUUCGGGAGAGCAUUAGGAAAAUUCUUGAAUGCUCGGCAUGAGGUACAAAUAAAAAUUGCAUUGUUGUAAACAGAAUAGUUAUUUAUGAAACGAAGUAUGCUUUUCGCGAAAGCACGCGAUGUUUAGAGCACGAGCGACAGCGGAGCGAGUGCUAUACAUCGCGUAAGUUCGCAAAAAGUACUUCACACACAGUUUGAUACAAUAUUUUAUCUACGAUAAACAAAUAAAAAAACUGUAACUCUUCGUCACUGGAAUUCAUUUCUAUUCUACAAUUUUUAGAAGUUUGACAUUUAAAAAUUCUAACUUCUUUCAAACCACAAAACUGUCAAAACUUUUAUUGUAAUUUAUUGCUCAUUAUGUCAUCACCAUGACAACGCGAAAGUUAAGAAUAUUUGAUUAUAUGAAAGUGUGCCAAAAAACAGUGCGAAAAAGUAAAUCCCAUUUAAAAUAUUGUUACUUCACGUACACUUUAAACCCUUCACGCACUGCUAUCUAUAAUGACAGUUUUCACAAACUAAAAACUUAUACGUAAUAUGACAUAGAGUAGAUAAAGUUUCUUUUAAAUGAGAUAUGUAUUUAAAAUUAAAAAUCACACUACAUUUUCUUUUAGUUUUACACGCCUGUAACUUAUUAAAAUAAACAUUAUAGAAGUUUUCAGGAACUUUCGGCCCUCGAUAAGAACGUAAUCUUUCAUUCUGCGUUUAAAUUUUUCAAGUUCGUACCCAUCCCCUUAAGACAAGAGAACAACAUACAAAAAUAAUAUUAUGUUAAUGAGCAGAUCCAUGCCCUUUAGCGUUAGGUUGGUUCGGUGUGAUGUUUUUCAUCAAGUUUCUAUUUCUUUUUUUUUCCUUUUGCUGCUUCGGUUUAAUAUGAAAUAAUCCUUCACGAUAUUUUUUUGUGUGAAUUUGAUGGCCUUGGCUGAGCCAAUUAGCCAGACAUUUUAUUUUAAAAACAAUUUUUUUUAAUCAUAGGAAUUUUUUCUGUAUUUCUAACUCUAAAUAUAUGUACAUAAGAAACUAACAUACUACUAUCUAAAUAAAUACACUGUUUUGGAUGUAAAUAUA